AAAUUGCCAAGAUCAGUUUCUGUUCUCACCGACAAAUCAAACAAUGGCGACGAACAAAAUCGUCCGUUUGAUCGCACCAAGCCGAUCCGCCUCCUCUAGAUUCAUGGAGCCUGUAUCACGGUUUUUAAGCUCCAGUACAUCUCCUCCGCCGCAGUCUCCAUCUCCGUCUCCGAAUCAGGAUCAGAUUGGGAAGCCUGAUCAGAAUCUUAAGGAAGAGGAAGAGGAAGAGGAAGAAGAGGAAGAGGGAGGUGGAGAGUUUGUGAACAAAGAUACCGGUGAGAUCGGAGGGCCUAGAGGUCCUGAGCCGACUCGGUACGGCGAUUGGGAACAACGUGGUCGAUGUUCCGAUUUCUGAGACGAUCCAUGAAUCUCAGUGCUACAGGUUGAUUUCUUUUAUUUUAUAUUUCUAGGGGAAAUUAUUUUAUAUGUUAUGUAUCUUGAAAAUAAUUGAGAACACCAAAGAAAACUGGGGAAACUUCGAAUUCUAUUCUCCUGGAUUCGUUGUGUGACAUUGCUUGGGCAUGUUUAAUUAGUUGAAUACAUAAUUUCCAUAGAGUUUUAUACGUA